GAAAAAGCUCAAAACUUUAACAAAAUAUAUUUUUAUCCGAUACUGUCUGCAAAUGCUAUGAUAUAAGUAAAUCAGUAUUUAAAAGGGGAAACUCAGCCAAAAUGGCUGAACAAUUAUUAAUUCACGAUGAUAUGAAACUGUACACAACAGCUGAUAAGUUUUACUUUGAACCAACCAUCAAUCCAACAGAAGUUUUAGUCAUUGACAGAAUCACUGGAGAGGCUGUAGUGAAAGAUUUCAAAUUAGUGAAGAUUCCAAUACCAGCCAAUGCCUAUAAACCUGUGUGUGGGUUCCUCGGCUCCAUAAAACUAAUAUCCGGACUGUAUUUAGUUGUAGCAAAGUAUAGGAUUAUGGUAGGUAAAAUAAAUGGUCAAGACAUAUACCAACUAGCAGGCACUGAUGUGAUACCGUACACUCGUUCCACAAAUCAUCUGACAAAUAAACAGAUCGAGGAUAACAAUACAUAUGAAAAGCUACUGAGGGCGGCAUUGGAGACGCCCGGGAUAUACUUCUCAUACGGCUAUGACUUGACUCACUCUAUGCAGAGGUUGCAUUCUGUUCCACCAGAUUUCCAUAAGAUGUCGUUAGCGAGUCGUGCGGAUGCCCGUUUUCUGUGGAACGGCCAUCUCCUCAAGGAGUAUUCGCACCAGCAGUUCUCAAGGUUCGCGCUUCCAAUUAUCGAGGGAUUCGUAGCGAUAAACCGCGUGACUGUGAACGGCCACCAGUUGUCGUGGUCGCUUGUAUCUCGCCGCAGCGUGGACCGCGCUGGGACCCGGCUGUUUAUGCGUGGGAUCGACGCUCAGGGCAACGUAGCCAACUUUGUGGAAACUGAACAAAUAGUAGAACGCGGGGGAGAGAAGUCUUCCUUCGUCCAAACCCGAGGAUCCAUACCGCUCUACUGGAGCCAAUACCCGAACCUGAAGUACAAACCUGCCGUGGCGCUGUCACCAGAAGACCACGUCGCGGCGUACACGAGGCACCUCAGGGAUCAGUUGCAGAGAUAUGGGAACCAAGUGCUAUUAAACUUAAUCGAUCAACACGGCAAAGAAGAGGAUUUGGAGCGCGGCUACAGGGCGGCUGUGGCGGCGGCGGCCCUGCCGGCGGUGCGCUACGAGCCCUUCGAUUUCCACGCCGAGUGCCGCGGCAUGCGAUACGACCGGCUCAACGUGCUUAUGGACCGCAUAGCGCACGAACAGACUGAAUUCGGCUACUUCCUGUCGCGGGGCGGCACAGUGCUACUCCGUCAAGGCGGCGUGUUCCGCACCAACUGCGUGGACUGCCUGGACCGCACCAACGUCGUGCAGAGUCUACUGGCCAAGCGGCAGCUGGUUGCCGUUCUGAAGCUGCUCGCCGUCACCACGGGCGACGACCAGCACCCGCAUCUCGACGCGCUGUUCAAUACCGUUUGGGCAGACCACGCGGAUAUGAUUUCAGUGCAGUAUUCCGGCACGGGUGCAUUAAAGACCGAUUUCACACGCACGGGCAAGCGGACUCGACUGGGCCUGCUGAGGGAUGGGAUAAAUUCGUUAACACGAUAUUAUAAAAACAACUUUAGCGACGGCUUCCGUCAGGAUACGAUUGACCUGUUCUUGGGCAAGUACGUUAUACUAGAAGGUGAAGGAAAUACCGUCCUUUGUCCGCUGCGUCGAGAUCGCGACUGGAAAUAUAUUACAUUCCCAUCGGUGUUGCUGGUUGCGGUAUCGAUGUUCUGCGCAAGCGCCGCGAUACCGUCCCGGAACUCCACGGAAGUGCUUCUUUAUCUAAUGUUCUGGGGUGCGGCCGUUGGAGCCACGCUCACCUUCAUCUUCAGACACGGCACGGAGUUCGUGGAUUGGCCGCGGCUGGACUGCGGCGGACUCGCCACGACUCGCGCGGCGCCACCGUCGCCUUUAUGAUCGACAUGCCGCUCGUAGUCGUCGUCUGACUGAGCCCUGACCACACACACACAUGCACACACACACACACACACACUUCAUAAACUCUAUUUAUCCUAACUUGACUUAUUAUAUUAACAAUCUUUUCAGCACUUUUUGGUGUAAAAUAUGUUUUGAAAAUAGAAGAAGAAGAACAAAUAUGUAUGUAAUUAACAUAUAAAAUAAAAACAGAUACCUUUUAUGAAUUAAUAUCUAUGAUCUUUACACUAGAAAGUAACUUGAAGAUUGUUUCCAUAACGGGACAUGUUAGAAAAAAUUAAGUGUACAUAAAGUUCAUUUUCCUUACCUGUGUUAUAGUAUAACAAGAUAUAAAUUAAAUAAAAAUAAAGCGACUUCGGAAAAAAAUGUUAUGUAAACUAAAAAGUUAAUAAUUUUUUACUAUAUGCUACAACUAAAUUUCAGUAGCGAAAACUUUGCGUCCACUUACUUUGAUAUUAAAUGUGAACUUGGUGAGCACGUAUCUUGCAAAAGGCUUGCGACGCGACAGGUAUAAAUCACUGCUGUUAAACGUCACUUUUCCAUACAAUAAAUAAACAAACGUGACGUUUGACAGCAAUGAUCGCAAGAAUUACGUCUGUCGCGAGAUACGUAAUCACCCUGCCGGUCAUCAAAGUUAUUUUAUAUCAAAGUUAGAAACAAUGCAUAUUAAUGUGUUAACAGCAAUUUCGGUUGAUUCGCUGUAAUUUUCUUGAUGGUUCCGUUGUCUGUCUCUAAAACUCACCAUCAGAUCUAUAUGAAAAUUUUAAAUUGGACCAUUUCUAAAUAAACGUCUUUGGUACAAAAACGAAUUUUGAAAAUCCGUCAAUAUAUAAAAAGGAGUUAUGCCCGAAAACAAUUAGAAAAUAAAAUUAAACUUCCGUUAAAGUUGUUCGAAAAAUCAUUGCGGUACUAUAUAUUAGAUACUAGUGGGUAGUAUAUCUAAGAAUAUUAAAAUACAAUAAUUUCAAUAAAAUAUAUAUUUAUAAAUUA